UCGGAAAUUGUGCGUCACAACUUCGCUCUCCGGUACUCGUAUCUGCUUCUAUUCGACUGGUUGACUGGUUUGGGGUCGGGGUUAAAAGGCAUCACGUGAGCUCGCGGGAUUGUCGCGAUGCACCUCGUAACGUGACGCGACUAGCUUCCACUGAAUCCCAACGUCAUCCCUAACCUGGAUUCCGUGGCAACAGCUUCUUGUUAAUCUUAGGGCGUGAGGUGUCGAUGAUAUUUACUUAUUCCUUCCUCUCCGUUGGAUACUGUUUCUCUACAUUGCGCUGCCAUCUAGCCCCUUACAUUUCACUUGGUUACAGGGCGUACGUCGUGCGAUCGGAGACCAUGAGCAGCCUCCGGCGCUCCGGACGGAUUCAGGAUCGGGUGCAGUCAAACGUUGCGAAGAGCAGGAUACCGGCAACGGUCUCUAAAAUAUCCACUACAAAGCAGAAUGGUCCCGGAUCGAAGAAGCGAGGACGGACUCCUGAGCCUGCCCUCCCAGCAAGAGAUGUAGACGCAAGAGGAGCCCAGGCAGCGCAAUUCGCCGUUCCUACGACACCUGCCAAACGUCGGGCUAGGCCUACUAAGACUAUAACGGAUCCCACUCCCGUCACGCCGACCCCAGCAAAGGUUGACUUGAUCGUGUCCGCCCAUACACCUCCUGUUCCCAUCACAUCUCGAGUUUCUCGACCCGCGGGACUGCACGUCACGAAUGCCUCGCUUUCAACACCCGGAGGCUCGAAGGUCGUGGCAUACCUCCCCGAUGCAUCCCCAAGCAAAGCCGCCACGAUCCCCCGCCCAUCCACCACCACCGACACCCUCCUCGAAGAGGCGUGCGCCCAUCUCGUCACGACAGACCCGACGUUGAAACCGCUGGUGGAAAAACAUACCUGCCAAAUGUUCACGCCGGCGGGGUUGGCGGAAGAGAUAGACCCAUUUGAGAGUUUGGCGUCGGGCAUCAUCUCGCAGCAAGUCUCCGGCGCCGCCGCCCGCUCCAUUAAAGCCAAAUUCAUCGCGCUCUUCCCCGCCGCUGCGCGCUUCCCCCCGCCGACCGACGUCGCCGCGACCUCCCUAGAGACUUUACGGACGGCCGGGCUGUCCCAGCGGAAGGCUGAGUAUAUAAAAGGCCUCGCGGAGAAGUUCGUGGGCGGUGAGCUGAAUGUGCGGAUGUUAGCGACCGCGUCUGAUGAAGAGGUCAUCGAGCGGCUGGUCGAGGUGCGGGGAUUGGGCCGGUGGAGUGCGGAGAUGUUCGCGUGCUUCGGGUUGCGGCGGAUGGAUAUAUUCGCGGUCGGCGACCUGGGGGUGCAGAGAGGGCUUGCCAUCUAUCUAGGUAAGGACGUGAAUAAACUGCGGAACAAGGGCGGUAAGUGGAAGUAUUGUUCGGAGCAGGAGAUGUUGACCCAUUCGGCCAAAUUUGCGCCGUACCGUACGCUCUUUAUGUGGUAUCUUUGGAGAUUGACAGAGGUUGAUGUGGACGCUAUGAGUUGAGGUGAAGAUCAGUCGAGCUGCACAUAUUCCAUGGACUCAUCCAACCUCUGGUAGCGAUGGGUGUAAAUCUGUGUUUGUAAAUAUACGACUUCGUGGCGUAUCGAUUGGGCCAUAUCCAGGUGCCCAGGUUCGGCACUGGCACAGUGUCACCGCGUAUUUUCUGUUGCGUUUGUACUUAGCAAUGCAGCCUGCAGUCCUGCACCAUGCCG